UUUCCAUUCAUUCCCGCCUCUCUCCCUAAUCAUCGCAACUCUGACUUUUUAAAAAAACAGAGUCUCCAAUACUGUAGAUCAGAAAACCACUUACAUUCAUACUAAUCUAGACACGUUUUUGCGCUCUUUAUCUUCUGAAACUAAAAUCACACCUUACCCCUCUUCGCGACAGACACACCCUCAAAAUGGUGCUGCACAAUCCGAACAACUGGCAUUGGGUCAACAAGGACGUUGCACCGUGGGCCAAGCAGUGGUUCCAGGACAACCUCACAAAGCUCGAAGUACAGGAUGGCGAUGUCACGGCAAAGGUUAGCAAGGUUGUCAGCAUGGACGGCGACGUCGACGUCAGCCAGCGCAAGGGCAAGGUCAUUACCAUCUUUGAUGUCAAGUUAGUUCUUGAGUACUCAGGUAACAUUGCCGACGGCGACGAGGUGACUGGAACGAUCACGAUCCCCGAGGUUGCCCACGAUACCGAGGAGAACGAGUUUGUGUUUGAAAUCGACAUUUACUCCGACUCUAAAGAGAAACAACCAGUCAAGGAUGCCGUCAGGUCCAAGCUCGUCCCGAAGCUACGAUCCGAGUUCGUAAAGCUGGCCCCGGCCCUUAUUGCCGAGCACGGCAAGGACAUCCAGCAUGCUCCCGGCUCAAACCCCUCCAGCGGCUUUUCUACACCUAAGAUUCACGCACCCAGCGGAGCAGCAGCAGUAAAGGCGGCCACCUCGACAACAGCCCAGACUAACGCCACCGGCAGCGUCGUAAACACGACAACGGUUACCGACCAAGAAGAGUUCCGGACGACCGCCGCAGAGCUUUACCAGACCUUUACCGACCCGCAAAGGUUGGCCGCUUUCACGCGCGAAGCCCCACGGGUGUUUGAGGGCGCGAAGAAGGGCGGCAAGUUCCAGCUGUUUGGUGGCAACGUGGAGGGCGAGUUCUUGGACCUGCAGGAGCCGACCAAGAUUGUUCAGAGCUGGAGGUUGAGGCAAUGGCCCGCUGGCCACUUCUCCAAACUGGAGAUCGAGUUUGACCAGAACGACCGAGAGGGUGUAACUACCAUGCGCGUCAACUGGAGCGGAGUGCCGAUCGGACAGGAGGAGGUGACGAAACAAAACUGGCUCGAGUACUACGUGCGGAGCAUCAAGAAGACUUUUGGGUGCGUGUCAAGAUCCAACAACUCUUAUUCAUACUUCUUGCUCGUUGCAGCUUUGGAACCAUUCUCUGAAGCCGCUGUUUUCAAGGAUAUGGGCGACAGGGGAUCAGGGCGUUUUGUGGGUGGCGGGAAGGCGUUCGAGGGUAUGCUACAACCGUUGACUGCACUAUAAGCGCUUGAUACAGAUCUCCAUGGUGCUCUUUUUGCACCAUGGGCGACGGUGCCACCACAUUGAUGGGCAGGGACAUAUCAGCACGAUUUAGGAUCGGCAUGGUCGAUAUUUGCUACGAUGGAUGUUAGACGACGGCAUGGUUAAUGAGGAAUACACAGAUCUAAUAGAUUUGAAAUCACCCCAAAUUCAUGAU